AUGCCUUGGAAGGCUUUCCACCCCUCUUACGGAUCUCCAAGAUCAAAGACAAUGAGAAUGGUAUUGAAUAACAACAGGAGAGUCAACAUUUUAAAAUCAGACUUGCAUGCUAUUGUCAACCAAGGAGCUUUGGAUAUUCCUAGAAAACUCUUGCAGAAUAAUUUUAGAAGUAUGGAUGAACUGGAAAGCAACAUGGAGCUGAAAUGUUUAAACAAUUUGAUUUCUUUGCUGGGAACUUCAACAGAUGUCAGUGUCUUCCUGAACUGUGUGUCUUCCAAUCUCCAGGCAUUUGUCUUCCAGCCAAGCAGGAGCAAAGAAGAGUUUAUCAGACUGGCUGCUAGCUUCCAGCUGAGAUGGAACUUCCUCCUGACCUCUGUGAGCAAGGCCAUGACACUCUGCCACACGGACAGUUUUGGCUCCUGGCAUCUAUUUAAUUUGCUACUUUUGGAAUAUGUAAUUCAUAUACUUCAGUCAUGUAUAGAAGAUGAGGAAGAAGAGGAAGAUGGGAGUAAUCUCAAGGAAAUGCAGCCAAAUGACACAUCUCCCCUCCAGUCCGCUCAGGAGCCUCUGCAAAGUCCUGAUUCUUCACCAAUUAAGCAACAUGGAAGCCAAGAUGAUGAUGACGAGCCACCUCGUGUCACUCUGAAACACAUUAGCCAGAGUGAUGUUUGUCUGAGCAGCAUUAUCCUUAAGGUCCUGGGAUUUCUGGUGGACACUGCUACAGGCAAUAAGCUAAUCCAGGUAUUAUUGGAAGACAAAGCCACCAAAAGCACAGUUAAAUUAGAUCUCCCUGUGGGUCAAGAAGCCCUUGUAACUCUAAAAGAUGGACAGAAGUUUGUAAUUCACACCUCAGAUGUACUCCAGAGCCCUGAAGAUGUUUAUUUUAGAGAAACCAAUGCUAAUAUAUAA